ACACACAGCUCCUAGUUGGUGGCCAGAAGACUCUGCUUGUAGGUAUGUCCAGGUUGAUAGAUCCUCUAGUUGUUGGGAGGGUGAUUGGAGAAGUCCUGGACUCCUUCAACCCCAGCGUGAAGAUGUUGGUCACAUACAACUCCAACAAGCUGGUUUUCAAUGGCCAUGAACUCUACCCCUCUGCAGUCACGUCAAAGCCUAGAGUCGAGGUCCAGGGUGGCGACAUGAGGUCCUUCUUCACACUGGUCAUGGCAGAUCCAGAUGCACCAGGGCCAAGCGAUCCAUAUCUCAGGGAACACCUGCAUUGGAUCGUGACUGACAUCCCAGGCACCACGGAUGCUUCUUUCGGAAGGGAGAUGGUGAGCUACGAAAGCCCACGUCCAAACAUCGGCAUCCACAGGUUCGUCUUUGUUCUCUUCAAGCAACAGCGACGGCAGGCCGUGUCGCCGCCGUCCUCCAGGGAUUACUUCAGCACGCGCCGGUUCGCGGAGGAGAACGACCUCGGCCUCCCGGUCGCCGCCGUCUUCUUCAACUCUCAGAGGGAGACAGCUGCCCGGAGGCGUUGAACGAUACAUGCACAUGUAACGUCUACGUUAUCCAACGAAGGCCUUGUGCUGUGGUGCCAAGUAUGGAUAUAUCCAUGUGUACCCUCUUCCCCAUCCCAUCAUUCUCUCUCUGUUGUCAGGUGUAAUGUUAUUGUCCAUCUUCAGUUCAAUCCACACCUCUGUUCUUACUGCAAGCUUCGCUGUGUGGGUGAUGUGUGAUUCAGAACGAGGCUGACCGAGAGCAGUUCGCGAGUUGAAUCUGCCAUCUGGUACCGGAGAAAAGAAGAGAUAUGGUUCGAUACGUGUCUGCUCGAAGGGCGAGAAAUGGUACGAGCGCAGUGGCCAUGGCUUCUG